AUGGGUAUCCCAGGAAGCCGUUUCGCGGACCAGGCCAGCGCCCUGGAUGACGAAUAUGCCCUUGUUCUGGACUCAGAACAGCACGUCCACCAUUAUCCAGGACCUGAAGGAGAAGUAGACUUCGAGUCUGCCGACAACUGGCUGGACCUCCAAAUUGUCCAGUGGCGGGAACAACGCCCAACUCUGGUUCUUAAGAUGGGCCCUGCAUCUUCGGAUGCUCAAUUCACAGACCAUCUGGACCAGUCGACCGAUACCCUACAGUUUGUUUUCAAACUGCCGGCCGAGUACCCAGGAGGCCGUGUGGGGUUGCUCCACAACAUUCGGGACCUGCUCGACAGUCAAAACCCUUUUGGCAUUGUGGAACACAUGUCGGGCAGAGGGAGACAAGCAGUGUCCUCGGAGUUCUGGGGACUAAGAGCCUUCGGCUGCAAAGCUGGCUGUGCACAGCUCUCGUCCCAGUACUUCUUCAAGUUCCGGGUAAGCACAGGAGAGGCGGCACUCCUGGUGGUCAACAAAAAUGCCGACGGGCUCAAGUCUGCCGUGGGUCAGCAACGACCGCUGCAGCAACAGCUGGCUUUCAUGCAGCUGAUCACGCUGCCUGUUCGGAUUUGGAUGUGCAUUCAGUACCGCCAGCGCCCGCAAUCCCCGGAUGUCAGUCAACGGCGCGCACCUCAGGUCAACCAACCUGGUGCCGCAACCAUCCGCGACGCAUCUUCUCUUAGUACCUAUGAUGGAUCGUCAUCAGGUAUCUCGGGUGAGCUCAAGAAACUCACCGAUGACACGACCCAGCAGGCUGCGCGUGAGACUGCUGGCGUCAAGUUCGAUGAGUCGGUCAUUGAAAAGCAACCAGGCCCCGACAGUCAGAGCCCGGAGCAGAGUGUGGUCUUGCCCAGUGAAGGGAAGACAGAGGAGAAGAAGGGAAUGUCAAAGAAGCCGCUUGACAAGUCCGAGUCGACGGCUGAGAACUUGCCUGUGGGAAAAGCGAGAAAGAAGAAGAAGAAGAACAAACGGCAAAGGCUGAAUCUGAAAAAGAGGAAAGCUCUCGCCAAGGCAGCAGAAGGAGUGCACGCAGAUGCACAGCCGCAACAACAGCAACCAAACGACGAACAGUCAGCGUUCACAGCGAGCGCCGCAGCUGGUCAAUACCUCGUCGUUGGGAAUCUCACCCUCCUUGAGGUCGAAUUGCGGUCCCCAACAUCUGCCACUGCCUCCUUCGGGACUGCGCGUUCACCAUCUCUCUCUCGGAUUUCCAUAAGUUCUCGAAAUUUCCAUACACCCCCUCUGUCCUUCGCUGGGGAGUCUGUUGAAGAAGAUCUUCCAGAAAUGAUCUCCCCGGAGACCAUAACUGGCGCUCGCCGAGAGUCUGAUGAGCGGCGGUCGGCUGCAGCAGCGAACCCCGCAAAUGCCACCACCCAUCCUCCAGAAAUUUCCCCGCGUUCAGAGCGCGAAUCUCCUAUUCCAACUUCCAAGGUCGGGCCGGUAGUUGGGUCACUUUCUGAGCCGCAAGCUGUCAGGGGCAAGUGGAAGAAACGUCAGAAGUGGAUUCCGAUGAAGCUAAACAGCGGCCAAGACCCGGUGAAGACGGAGGAGGAUGGACUGGACGACACAAGUGCAGCAACAGCUCAUGUCAAAGCUCGUCAGCAAGUGGUUGCGCCGCAGGACGUGUCUGGUAUCACUUACCAGCCCCUGCACCCUCGCGCUGAACCCUCGUCCCGCCCUGCGACUCGUUAUCAGUCGCCCAUGAAGGGCCAGGAACAACAACGAGCUGGCGACAUCACGACCAUGGCUGAAGCCCUCCAAUCGCUUGAUCUUGACAAUUCAUCCACUGCAUCUGCAGGGGUUCCAUCAAGCAUCUCGGGAUCAGUGCCUCCGCGAUCUACCAGUCGUCAAUCGCUGGUUACCAGUCCGGAGUCAGCUGAAUUCCGGCCAUCGUCAUUUGCUGUCGUGUCCGCAAGCCACCCAAGGAGAAACAAAUUCUCGCCGGCUGCCAAAUCAACCCUGACGCCCGGGUUACCUCCCAGACCCGUGGUAACAGUUGAUCGCCCGACCCGGCGAGGUGCACGCAGAGGUGCACCACCGACCCAUGCUCACCCGGCCAAGAUGCCCGGUUCCAAUGCCACGGUACCAGCUGGGCGCAAACCAGGCGGUGGAUUCGUUUCUGGUGCUAACCCAGCCAUGACGCCCGGUCCUAUGAUGUCUGCGGCACCAGCGGGACCCCAUGGGGGCUUUGCUCCAUCUCCCAUUGUAGCACCUAGCUACGGUGCCCACCAACAAAAACCUUCUCAAAGGCACCAGGCGUCCACACCAGCCGGAUCGCUCCAUGAAGGGAAUCCUGCAACAAGCACCGACCUUUAUGGGAGCAGUGACCCUCAGACGUCCGGUGGAGGUGCUUACCCAACGCCUCCGACAAUGAUGGCUCCGGGCCCUGCCAGCGCGCCUGGAAAUGAUGUGUGCGCAAUGGAGGGGUGUGAAAAGCAAUGCUGCCUAUGGGACUCUCAAUCCGUCAUCUGCCCGUUCUGUGGACCUUACUCGCGCGUCAUAUACUGCGGGAAGGAACACUUACGGGAAGAUGCUCUGGCCCACUGGCUGUACUGCAGACAGGCACCGAUGGAACACUACUGUGUUGAGAAUUCGGUACCCCCGGACGUCCUAGUCGGUGCCCCCGCAAUCCCGUGCAAGAAUGGCUGGGAUAGCCCCGAGCGUCAUCGACAAGCAGUGUGGUUCAGUACGGCCCGUCGCGAAGGUGAAUACUUCAUCUUUGCCGACUGGGAAGACAGCAGUUCCGCCGGUACGACGCCGGUUUUUGGGGAUGGACGGUGCUCAACUCGUGUGAAUGUGAUCGUGCGCUUUGACGAUCCAAUUGAGAAGGACCGUUUCCGACGGAUCCUUGCAGUGUGUUUGCUGGAAUCAGUUGAGGUCCAGCCACUGGUUGCGUACAUGUUCCGUUUACUGCGGGACAAGCUCCAAUCCACCAACCAGUGGUCGUCUCGACUGGACCUGCAAGUUCGGUACCAGCUCAAUUUGGAGCUUGGUGUUUCCCUUGACCCGAACCUGCUGGGCAACCGACACGCUUGCGAGACCGAAUGGAACGGGGUUCAAUGGUUCGAAGGCUUGGUCUUCAACGAAGAAUGCAAUCAUUGGAUUCUUCGAGCGUCUCGAACCACCCAUCCAGACGUCAAGAAGGUGCACGCCCGGACACGUGGAGAGGGAUUCGACGUCGUCGAGGAGGAACAACGCCUCUUCCGGCGUGGCGAGGGUUGGGAUGGGGCUGGGACAGGUCCCAUGGAGAUGGAAGGUCCAGAGAUGUGCUAA